UGGACUAAUUAGAAUGGCGGUGGCGCAAGUGGAGAACAUUUGCUCCACCAUUAGCUGUGGGAAGCCGGCCACGCUCCAGUGCCCGACGUGCCUCAAGCUUGGAAUAAAGGGGAGCUUCUUCUGUGCACAGGUGAGUGUUUCAGCGGUCCACUCUUGGUCUCAUAACCUUGAAUGGUUCAGGAAUGCUUCAAAAGCUCGUGGAAGGUGCACAAAGUGGUUCACCAAAGAACCAGUGCAGGCAGUGCAAACUCCACCUACAACCCCUGGCCUGGUUUCGAGUUCACCGGACCUCUCAGACCAGCUCCUUUAACCCCUAAGAGAGCGGUCCCAGAUCACAUUGUUCGACCUGACUAUGCAGAAGAAGGUAUCCCUCACGGUGAGAAGGAAGCUAAAAGGGCUUCAGUGAUCACGCAGCUGUCCCCUGAGGAGAUUGAAGGCCUCAAGGUUGCCUGCCGGGUAAGUGAGCAGCCAUUGCCUUCAUCACACACUCUCUCUUCUCCUGUAUGCCGUGCACAGCUGGGUAGAGAGGUUCUGGAUGUCGGUGCCCGCGCGGUGCGUCCAGGCGUCACCACUGAUGAGAUAGAUCGACUGGUCCACGAGGCAUGCAUGGAGCGAGACUGCUACCCCUCUCCUCUCAACUACUACCACUUCCCCAAGUCCUGCUGUACCUCAGUCAACGAAGUCAUCUGCCACGGGAUCCCUGAUACAAGGGAACUACAGGACGGCGACAUCUGCAAUAUCGAUGUGACUGUUUACUACAGUGGUUUCCAUGGAGACCUGAACGAGACAAUGUUUGUGGGAAAAGUGGACGAAGCAAGUCGUCAACUGGUCCAGACAGCCUAUGACUGUAUGAUGAAGGCCAUUGAGAUAGUUCGACCUGGAGUAAAGUACAGAGAUGUUGGUAAUAUGAUUCAGAAACAUGCACAGGCCAACGGCUGUUCGGUGGUGAGAUCUUACUGUGGCCACGGCAUCAAUCAGUUGUUCCAUACGGUGCCCAACGUACCCCAUUACUCAAAGAACAAGGCAAUUGGUGUGAUGAAGCCGGGACAUAGUUUCACAAUAGAACCCAUGAUCAACCACGGUACGUGGAAGGAUGUAACUUGGCCAGAUGACUGGACCUCAACCACUGCUGACGGGAAGCGUUCAGCCCAGUUUGAACACACGAUGGUCGUGACGGACUCUGGGUGUGAUGUGCUCACUGCUCGAAGAGAUCACGAUGGACUCCCCCAUUUCCUGACUCCCUCCUCUUAGCCACACACCCUCUCACGUCUCUACAUUGAUUAAUUUAAUAGUCCAGUGUCUUUUGUGGAAUUAUAGUGGAAUGUAUAAUUGAUAUGUACAAUCAUGUAUGCUCCAUAUAUACAAUCUAAUGACACACACAAUUGUUGCGUUGAUCUAUUAAUGAAGGAGUCCCUGCAAUAAUUGGCUGAGGUGAUGAUUUGUCAGAGUUCCUGGUGAGGGACGUUGU